ACCCCCUCUCCGCCAUUUCUUCUUGUGGACUGACUAUAUUUUGUCAAAAGAUAUUCUUCUCCAUCUUCAUCAACCCAAGAUUUGACCUUCAAAGUCGACCAACCUCCGGGCAUCCCCUAUCCCAGGCCAUGGAACCCAAAUUCGCCCUGGGUUCAAUCCGAACCGAAGUCCCCAGAGAAUUUCCCAAAUCCAAACAGGCCAACCGGCUGUUUGGCCUCGAACAUUGUCCUGUGUUUUAUCCAACGAUAGACGAGUUCAAAGAGCCCAUGAAGUAUUUUGAAUCGAUUGGCUCAAAGCUCAAGCCGUUUGGCAUCGGAAAGAUUGUCCCCCCAGUCGGAUGGAAACCUCCGUUUGUCUUAGACACAGAUCAAUUUAAAUUUAAGACUCGGCUCCAACGACUUAACUCGAUGGAAGCAUCCGCCCGAGCAAACGUAAACUUUUUGGAACAACUAUACCUGUUCCACAAGCAGCGCGGCUCGGCUGGGUUGGUCAACUCAACCUCACAACUCCAGGUACCGGUGAUUGAUCAUCGUCCAGUUGAUCUGUGGAGACUGAGGAAGGAGAUCAAUGAGCUGGGUGGCUAUGACACUAUCACCUUGCAGCGCAAAUGGUCUUUCCUAGCCAAGACCAUGGGAUACAAUGUCAAGACUUCUCCGGCAGUUUCCUUCAAGUUGAAAUCCGCAUACGCCAAGAUCAUCGCCCCCUUUGAUGAAUAUUUCAAUCGGAUCAAGCAGAGUCCACCCAAACCCACCACUCACCUUGCUCAUCGGGACCGCUCCCCAGCUGACUCGCUCUCACCCCUGAGCUCCUCCCUCGCUGACCAUGACGAGGCCAACCGAGUCUCAGGCUCAAAGGAACUCAAAAAGCAUGAUGAUGGUCUAAUCACCGACGAAUCUGUCAAGCUGCCUGCCAACGCUCAGGGCCCUUCUACCCGCAAAGCCUCAAUGACUUCUACUGAUAAUCCUUUAGAAGAAAAACCCAGAUCUUCCACUCGCCCAAUCAGGCGGCCAUCAACAAGUCAUCCGUCUACUAGUCAUGACCUAGAUACGAGCAUGGACCACGGUGGUGAUAUAUGUGAGAUCUGUGGUUCAGAUGAAGACGACCCAAAUAUCCUACUGUGUGAUAGCUGCGACAAAGGAUAUCAUCUUCAGUGCCUGACGCCUCCAUUGUUGACCGUUCCCGAAGGAAACUGGUAUUGCGAUGCGUGCAUCGUCUCAACCGGAAAUGAGUUUGGAUUUGAAGAGGGGAGAGACACACUCUUUCUAGUUUUCAGCGACGAGCGGACGGAUUCAAAAGAUGUGGCUUGAAACUCA